CAGCCGAGGGAGGCACACAAACACGCUGGAGAGGACUCGGGGGAGGAAAGUGCACGACGACGCACGCGGGGCGUCCCUCGACCGCUUCCCGUCUGCUCGCCUCCCAGAAUGUUCUGUUCUCGCGGUCCGUUCAUCCGCCACGAGAACCAGCAGGAGCAGCAGCCCCCGCCGCCGCCGCCGCCGCCGCCGCCGCGUCUCCACGCAGCCUGAAGCCCAAAUGAUCACCCUCUCCGCCGACAUGGACGAGUCUUCGUCGUUGCUGGAUCUCUUGGAGUGCUCGGUGUGCCUGGAGCGCCUGGACACCACGGCCAAGGUGCUGCCGUGUCAGCACACCUUCUGCCGACGCUGCCUGGAGAACAUCGUCAGCUCCCGAAACGAGCUCCGCUGCCCGGAGUGUCGCAUCCUGGUGGACUGCGGAGUGGACGACCUCCCGGCCAACAUCCUGCUCGUUCGCCUCCUGGACGGCAUUAAGCAGCGGCCUCAGCGUGGGAGCGCUGGAGCGGGCAGCAGGCAGCCCGUGGCCGGGGGCUCGCUGCAGGGCUGUGCAGCCGGGAUAUCGGCGUCUCCCCCGGGCAGCGCCGUCAGACAAAUGCCCGUCGCUACCCGGAGCUCUCCUGUAAAGAAUAUCCCAGCGCUGCCUUGUGGGAAAGCUCUCUACUCUUACGAGGGCAAGGAGCCAGGUGAUCUACAGUUCUCCAAGGGUGACAUCAUCAUCCUGCGACGCAAGGUUGAUGACAACUGGUACCACGGGGAGUUGAACGGUUGCCACGGGUUCUUGCCGGCGAGUUACAUCCAGUUGUUGCGCCCCCUGAGCCAGACUCCGCCCCAGGGCAAAGCACUGUACGACUUUGAGGUCAAAAACAAAGACCAAGAUAAAGACUGCCUGGCGUUCAGCAAGGAUGAAGUCCUGACAGUAAUCAGGAGGGUGGAUGAAAACUGGGCAGAAGGCAUGCUGGGAGACAAGAUUGGUAUCUUCCCCAUUCUCUACGUGGAGUUAAACGAAACGGCAAAGCAGCUGAUGGAAAUCGACAAGCCGACAACGACGACCAGCGUGCCGGGUCCGAGCUCGGAGCCGGCCCCGUUGGCUCCGUGCUCUCUCGGCCCCUCCCCCGGCACCUCGCCUUCCAAUGGAAACGGCUCGGGACAUCGGAGAGGCGAAGGGAAGAAAAACGCUAAAAAGAGGCACUCAUUCUCUGCUCUGUCCGUCACCCAGCGAGCGGCCCAGCUCAACAACAGACACAGUAUGGAGAUCUCCCACCCAGUCCUCAUCAGCUCCUCUGACCCCAGGGCCGCAGCACGCAUUCAGGACGCAUCGUCUCCAGGUCCCUCUCCCUCCUCGGCAGGGGUACUGGUGCCCCCAAAAGUGGCAUCUAUAACCUCAGAGCUGUUGGCCCACGCAAAGGUGCAGCUGCCUCUCAACAUCUACCUUGCGCUUUACGCCUACAAGCCCCAGAAGGCUGACGAACUUGAACUUAGGAAAGGUGAGAUGUACCGGGUGACAGAGAAGUGUCAAGACGGAUGGUUCAAAGGCACCUCACUGAGAACGGCAGCUUCUGGCGUCUUCCCGGGAAACUACGUCACCCCCGUGUCCAGGGCAACGUUUGGAGUUGGUGCUACGAGGGGCUCAUGUUUGUCCAGUCCAGGAAAUGGCGGCGGUUGUGGUGGUGGUUGCGGUCAGGUCUCCAGUAAAAUCUCAGACCCCUCCUCUCCAGGGUCCCCGGGGCCCUCUUCGUCCCGUACCUCCACGCCGUUGGUCAACUGCGUCAGUCCCGCCUCGUCGCCUCAGACUGCUGCCGCCCAGCUGAAGAACUGCCUGCGCUCCAGUCAGCAUUCAGUCAACCAGACACGCACCUCAAUGCAGCUGGUCCAUAGUUCUCCUGGUGGAAGCCCAGAGCGCCCCACGGUGGCGAUAUCUUCCCUGCGCUCUCAGAGCUCCUCACCUUCACGUUGCUCCGGCCAAUCCGGUCGCCCGCUCUCCAUGACGUCUCCCGGACCCAGUUUGGGGCCCCCCCCUCUUUCGUCCCCCGCCUCGCGGCCCCACCUGCCCCUGUCGUCUCCUUUGUCUUGCCUCACGCCUCCCAACGUGGCAGCGGUGCUAUUUAACGGGGAACCGGCCAUCCCCCUGCAGCCGCCCUCACCGGGUCCCUCUCGCGCACCUGCGCAAUGCGCCCCCAAAACAGAGAAGAAGGAGAGGAAAGCAGGAGGUUUGUUGAAGCUCCUGUCAGGGGCAGCGGCCAAGAAGAAACCACGCUCACCGCCCACCUCCCCGCCCACCCACGAUCGCUCCUUGGCUGGCCAAGGCACGGUGGUCACCAAUCUGGCCCACCACCACCAUGCCCGCUCCGGAUCGUGUCCUAUGGUCUCUCAGGGGCGGGCCGGCUCGUGUCCCGUCGAGAUCGACAUGGCGGGGGCCGUGGGGCUGGAACCUCUGCACAGGAAGUCGGGAUCCUUGGAUACAAACUUUCCAAUGUCGCCCCCGCCAACGCGAGCCAGCAGCGUUCUCAUGGUGCUCCGGCCCGAACCCAAACCCCUGUCCAGGGAAAGGUACCGAGUGGUGGUGCCCUACCCGCCCCAGAGCGAGGCAGAGAUCGAGCUUCGCGAGGGAGACGUGGUGUUCGUCCACAAGAAGCGAGACGACGGCUGGUACAAAGGCACCCUGCAGAGGACGGGACGGACCGGCCUGUUUCCUGGCAGCUUCGUGGAGAGCUUUUAAAAAGAUGCGCAAAAUCACUUGGCUUGAUAUUGGGGUUUCCAAUCUGCCUUAAGGAGCUGUUCAGCUUGGAAAAAAAAAAAAAUUGAGAUUUUGAAAUUGGAGUGUCAGCGACAAGCUUCUUCCUGUGGACUUUUUACAAAUCAAAGGAAAAGACGGUAGCACAAGACGUCUUCAUAAAUCUGUCUCAAUCCAGCACACUUUCACCAGGAUUACCGCACUUUUCCAUCCUCGUCCCGGGAGCGCCACAUCAGAGGGGCUCCUCUCUGCGACUACUGAAGGCACACACACGCACACGCUCAAAGAGCACACAUACAAAAGCUUCCCAGGUGUCGUCCACCAGCACAAAAAGUAUCGGCUCGGCUUCAAACUGCGACCUCAGAACUCCUCUCUGGUGCGUUCUUUCUUUGCAAAGAACCAUACCAGGAUCAUUGUGUUUGUGGCAAUAAGCACACAUUUCUUUUUUAAACUCAAUAUGUGUUGAUGAAAAAUGUGUGUAGCGUUGUUUUCCUUUCUCUAUUUGUUUUGUUUUUAUAAAUGUUCAGAUUGAUAUUUGUGUUGUCCUAAACUGUGAUCUGUCACUGGAUUUGUUCGUAUUUUAAAAAACAAAGGUGCAACAAGUAAUUUGAUCAUUGAUUUUUAUAUUUAUUGAUCUGAAAUGGUUUUAUUCUUCUAUUUAAUGUUUCCCCCAUGCACAUGGUGGCUUUAAGUGAGGAAGAAAAAUGGCUUGCUGAAUGUAAAAAAAAAAAAAAAAAAAAAGGUAUACAAACUUUUGGGAUGAUGAAUUUGUAUUGUUAAAGUUAUUUUUUUGUGUUUGUGUAAUGGAAGCAGAGAUGAGAUUGCACUUGGUGAUAUUUCAUACAGCCUAACAUUAUAUCUGCACUCGAUGUGAUUUGACCAUUGUCAACCGAUACGUAAAAACUAUUUUGCUUCAAACAAGCUUUUUUUUUGUUUUGUUUUGUUUUGUUUGUUUAGCUAAAUGAAAAAAAACCUCCUCAAAUUCUACAGUUUAGAGGACAUAGCAGCAGUGUGAAGAAAAUGAUAGUCGUAUAGAUGAGGUGGAGACGCAAAAGAGUCCGACGGUGUGAACGGAAGCUUUUCAUUCUACAACUGCCAAACCUUUGAAAGCAACUCUGAUCUUGUUGAUAUUUUUGUACAAGGCUUCAGUAAGUGUACAGUCUGCUUUAUGAAUUUCUAUGUCCUGAGAGUCAGUCCAAGCCAGUUUACAUCUGUCACACUAUCUACCUUUUCCCCCUCUUUUUGGAGAGUCAGGCCAAACUCGAGGGUUUGACUCAGAAUGUGUGGACGCGUGUAUGUGCGUGUGUGUGUGUGUGUGUGUGUGUGUGUGUGUUUGGGCUGAGGUUCUGUUCACGGUGACAAGGGAAGGCCUUAAAAGGAACAUGGAAUGUGCAUGCAUAUCCUGAAUGUGUGUGUAAAGUGUGAGUGAGGCAGAUUUGUAAUUGUUGGCCGUAGGUAAAGCUCAUUGAUUGGGUCAGCAUGCAUUUAUUUUAUUUUAUUUUAUUUACUAAGACCUACAGUCCUAUGUGAAGCUGUUGUGAUGGAUAUAAGAAGGUAAAAAUCACCCUUGAAAAUAAAAGGAAAAAAAUGUUGAUAAUUUAGAAGAUUGAAAGAAAUAUUUGUUAUAUUGGACAGGUAAAAACUACAUGUAAAUUGAAACUGAAAAUAGUUGAAAUUUGAACUUAGAACGUGUGUAAAGGCUAAGGGAUCCAUAAUUCUUACGAUCAAAAUGUAAAUUGUAUGCACCAUCAAAGUUUAUUUAAAAACGGUAUUGGACGAGAUCAUGGAAGAGGAGCAGUUGGUGUGCACACAUCGCCACCUACUGGCCUGGCAUGUCUACUGCAACAUUUUGAAGGUCCCUGUGAACAGAUAUGGAGUCAUCUGUUCAAAAAAGAAUUGCAUUUUUUUGCCCCUGAAGCCACACUUUUGGGUAGUUAAUUACAGUUACUUCAAAUGUUUCCAAAUGUACUUUCUACAAUUGAACUUGGACAUGAUUGGAUCAUAAUGAGCGCUAAAUAUGAGCAGGUGUGCAGUUUUCUUUUACUAGGUGGUGUCAACAUUUUUUACUGUUUGAUCUAUAUGGAAAAGACGAGAACAAAUAACAGCGGUGCCUUGAUUUGCGUGCUUAAUUCGUUCUGUGACCCCGCCUGUAACUCGAAACACUCAAAUCAAUCUUCCUCAUUGAAAUGAAUGGGAAUUCCAUUCAUCCGUUCCAGCCCCACAGUGUGUGCGCUUUGGCCACCAGGGGGCAGCAUAAUACAAUCAUUGACACACAAAGAGUUUCACAACUGACUCAGUAAGCAUCUGUCAACAUAUGUCGCUUCACAGUUUGAGUUCAAAUAUCCCUUUGCUUUAAGGGUUAUGACACGACAACUAUCAAUGUUACUUAGCCCGUCUAUGGCUUUUUGCAUUUUGUGUUAGCAUUAAGCUAGCAGAGAUUCAUAAUGUCAAGUUGUUUUUCUAAUACACAUUUAAUUCUCUUGUUCUAUGUUUAGUUUAACAGUAAACCAGAUGGUAGUGGCAGGAAACAGCUCGAAGCCUCUUUUGUAAAGCAUUGCUAACUAUGUGCCAAACUGCUGCAUGUUGUGAUGUGAGUUAAGUCCGUUAAGUUGGCAUCGAGCGCUCGUAUCUUGAAUUUUUGCUCACGAGUCGAAGCAAAAAAAAAAUUGUCAGAGAUCAAAAUCAAAAUGUCGGGUCACUCAUAAGUCAAGGCACCACAAAUGUACUAGUUUGAAAAAUGGUGACAAGUACGGCUGUGUUGUUUCACUUCAGCCCUGAAGGUGCAGUAUCAGCUGGAUUUGGCCGGUCACUGCAUCGCUUGCUUGACCCCCGAUGCAAGUUGACGAUAACAGCAAUCAAAAGAAACACUUUAUUUGGAUCGUCACCAAUGUGUACUGUGUUGGGCCACCACUCUACACAGUCACAUGGGAAUCCGUUGUGUAAUUAUUGCAUAAUCCUGCUACCAAACGGCAAUCUUAUCUUUCUGCCAUGCUUGGCGGCGGUAAUCAUAAAAGUAGUUCCUAGGCGUUUAUUCAUGAGUCCUACUGCAUCAAGACCUGGAUAAAUUUGAAGACAUUAACAAGAGCCAACUCCCAGGUAUCUUCUUUUGGAGAACUUUUCAGCACAUUUCUUGGAAUGAAAACUGGAAAACGGGAAUAUUUCGACACUCAUAGCACAAACCGAUUCCUCGAUUCCCUGAAAACAGUGAAACAAAAAAGUGCACAAACGCGUCGAGUUGAAGAAGCUCUCUCGCUCGCAGUGACGAGAGAGAGUGGGAGGCACGGUAAUCCCGUGCAUCUGUAGCAACUCUGCAAAGUAGAUUAAGGUCAAAGUUGAAGUGGAGCAAAACUGGACUCGCAAGUUACACAAAUUAUUAGUAGUCCACGGGGAAGAAAAGCGCAGCACAAACAACAAACUGAACUUUGCAUGUCAAAAUCACUCCGAUAUGGUGAAAAUGUUUUUUUAUGGGGUACGAAUGUGUGUGAGUGAGUUUUGAGUGUGUGUUUCGGGGGAGGCCUCUGUAUGUAGCUCUACACAUGGAAAGAAAGAAAAAAGCGGCGUGGACGCUCAUCAGGACUGAGUCAGGUCUCUUUUGUGUACAGCAAGCAGUCAAAUAAAAAGAAAAAAGUCUAUCUAAUUCUAUAUUGUGCAGAAUAUUUACAGGCCUUUGGUGCCAUUGAAGUCAUGCUCCGCGCUGGCCGAACUCGACCAUGUGAUCAUGAUACAUCGUCUUGUACUGAU